GAGUGGGAUUUGAACCCACGCCCUUUCGGACCCGCACCUGAAGCGGGCGCCUUAGACCAACUCGGCCAUCUUGACUUGUGUUUAUACAUUUCAGUACAAUAUUAUUAUACUCACUAUGAAGAUCGAGUUAAACCCUUUUCUCCUGCGCUUGAACCCUAGAGAAAUCGAGAAAUGUAAGGAAUGCAAUUUCUCCCGGAGACGAUCGAUAGAUCAUCAUUUUAGUUUCAUGUGGAGAAGCCCUCUCGUCUCAUUCACCUGCUGCAAAUUCAUCAAAUAAAAGAUCCUUAUCUCCUCGGGAAUGUUGGUUUCAAAACAGAGAACGUUAAUAUCGUCUUCACUCUAUCGAAAGUCCCACUCUUCCUUUAUCUGCUUCUCUUCCUCCUCAAUCUCCCGUCUUUUGAGCGAUUUAGGCUUCACGAUGAGGAGUGUCUCGAUGGUUUCAACUCUAGAGUUAAAUAGGAACGAGUCUGAUUCCGAUUCCAGCGAGGUACACGUUUUAUCUGAUCCCAAGUUUUCCGGCAAAGCGACGACGAUACUACGCCGCAUGCUGGCUCAGAGGAAAAUUCCCAGCUUUCAGGUAGCUCAUCAUAGAAAGAAAGAGCAGCCUGACAAGACACUACAAGGUCUUUGCAUCACUGGGAGAUUGAAAGAAGCUGUUGGGCUGUUAUGGCGUAGCAACGGGUUACAGCUCGAGUCCGAUACUUACUCUAUGCUGUUACAGGAAUGCAAAGAGAGGCGUGAAUACGCAAAGGGGAAACGAGUACAUGCUCACAUGGUCGUUGUGGGGUUUUCUCCGACUGAGUAUUUGAAAGUCAAGCUGUUGAUACUUUACGCCUUGUCAGGGGAUCUUCAAACAGGUGGGAUUCUCUUUCGUGGUUUGCAGUCGAGGUGUUUGAUAUCGAGGAACGCAAUGAUCUCAGGGUGUGUUAAGAAGGGUCUUGAACAAGAAGGGCUUUUUAUGUAUUACGAUAUGCGAUACUGUGGUUUAGUUCCGGAUCAGUAUACUUUUUCUUCCGUGUUUAGAGCGUGUUCUGCUUUAGCGUCGCUGGAACAUGGAAUGAGAUCUCAUGCUGUGAUGGUAAAGACUUGUCUUAAGUCGAAUGUUAUAGUCAAUGGUGCUCUUGUUGAUAUGUACUUCAAGUGCAGCAGUGUCUCUGAUGGAUACAAAGCGUUUGAUCAGUUUCUCGAUAGAAACGUGGUUACGUGGACCUCGUUGAUGUCUGGAUACGGGUAUCAUGGACAAGUUUCGGAGGUGUUGAAAUGCUUUGAGAAGAUGAAGGAAGAGGGUUGCAGACCGAACUCUGUCACGUUUUUGGUGGUUCUCACUGCGUGUAGCCAUGGAGGUUUGGUUGACCAAGGUCGGAUGCAUUUUGAUUCUAUGAAAAGGGAUUACGGGAUGGAGCCUGAGGGACAACACUACGCAGCUAUGGUUGAUAUCUUAGGGCGUGCUGGUAGGCUACAAGAGGCGUACGAGUUUAUAAUGAAGUCACCGUGCAAGAAACAUGCUCCGGUUUGGGGAUCUUUGCUGGGAUCAUGCAGGAAUCAUGGGAAUGUGGAGCUGCUAGAGCUCGCAGCUACGAGAUAUUUCGAGUUGGAUCCAACGAACGGGGGGAAUUACGUGGUGUUUGCCAAUGGAUACGCGAGCUGUGGAUUGUUGGAUGCUGCCUCAAAGGUUAGGAAGAGAAUGGAGAAUGCAGGAGUUGAAAAAGAUCCAGGUUAUAGCCAGAUUGAAUUACAAGGUCAAGUUCAUAGGUUCAUGAGGAAUGACACGUCUCACAGACUCUCUAGGAAGAUACACAACAAGGUCCAAGAGAUGGCUUCUCUGUUUAUGGAUGUUGACUACUAUCCAGAUGACUUGGACACUAGUUAUCCUCUUUGAUAGAUUGGUUUGUCAUUUUGUCUUGGUUGUGUGACCAAAACAACUUGCAGUUAGCUGUCAGAAAUCUGUGUCCAAUUAAAUCUGUGUAGCAGUCUCUCUCUCAUAUGGAAACCAGUGAUGAUGGAGAAGUGCUAGGCUCAAAAUCUACACAAGUUUUGAUUUGGAUGGCUAACAUACUAAUUGGCUGGGAGCAUCUGAAGAAAAUUUGUUGUAUCACUUGCCAAAAACAAGCAGAGGAAGCUGCCACAGGGGUUGGAGAAGUCAGGAGGAAAGUAAUUAGCAUGACAAAUCCCAGAUGAGGUGUAGAAGAAACAAAAGCUCCAUUAUACUGAAUGUCAUGAAUAAAGUAUAUACAUAUUAUGUGAUUUAUAGGUUCUAAGGAGUUUUCUUUCUUUAUGCGACAUUCAUGGAACA